AAAAAAUGGCCAUCUAGAUUGCAUAGUAUAAAUGCUCCGUGGCUGACAUAUGCUCCGCACAGUAGAGCUCGAUACAUCCUUGGUGGUUUUUCUUGGACUUCUCCAGUCGUCAUCAUGAAGCGGACAUUCGUAGCCAUUUGUCUCGUGGGCCUCGUCGCCUUUACGGCAAAUGCAUACACGCUUCCUGAGGAAGAGUCCAGCCUUGAUGGAUCGUUUGAUAGCGCCGCUCAAGAAGCUGUUUAUCUGGGUGAGAUCCUUCUGGACGUGGCACAGACGCUAGCUGAGGACGAAGAGCUUAGCGCUGAGAGCGACGAGUACUUUUUCCGUGCUCUCUGGAGCAAAGCAAAAGAAGCUGUGCAGAACGCCACUGAGAAGGUGAAGGUGUCCGUGAAAGGGGCAUACAAUAAGGCCAAGGACAAUAUCGAGAAAGCCGCUAAGGAAGCGCGGGAGAAGCUCAAGGAAAAGGCAGCUGAGAUCUUGUCCAAGUUGCUAAGCAAGGUUACGAGUGGCUACGCUCUGCAAAGAGCUGACUUGGAGAACGUGAACUGGAUCGAGCUUUUUGUCGGUGUCAUCAAGUCAGCAGCCCACGAAUUUCUGAAGCUCGGCAAGGCUCUGGGACACCUCCAUGACUGAUGGCAAUAAAAAAGUGGAGAUAUAUAUUCAAUGCAAAAUUUUGCCU